UACAGGAUUGAGUCUCACUGAUGUCAGUGCUGGACUGCCUCCGAAGCUCUUUGUGUCCAGGAACAUGUGUUAUACCUUCCCUAACCCCUGAUGCUCUCGCCUCCAGAUUGUGAGAAGUGUCAGAACUUCUUCAUCGACAGCUGCGCUGUGCAUGGACUCCCUGCAUUUGUAAAGGACAGUGCAGUGGACAAGGGGCAUCCCCACCGCUCAGCCCUCACCCUGCCCCCUGGGUUGAGAAUCGGGCCAUCCAGCAUCCCUGAGGCUGGGCUUGGAGUGUGGAAUGAGGCAGCUGAUUUGCCUGUGGGUCUGCACUUUGGCCCUUAUGAAGGACACAUCACAGAAGAUGAAGAGGCAGCCAAGAGCAGAUACUCCUGGCUGAUCGCCAAAGGGAGAAACUGCUAUGAGUAUGUGGAUGGAAAGGACAGAUCCUGGGCCAACUGGAUGAGGUUUGUGAACUGUGCCCGGGAUGAUGAAGAGCAGAACCUGGUGGCCUUUCAGUACCACGGGCAGAUUUUCUACCGAACCUGCCGGGUCAUCAGGCCGGGCCAUGAGCUGCUGGUCUGGUGCGGGGACGAGUAUGGCCAGGAGCUGGGCAGCAAGUGGGGCAGCAAGUGGAAAAGAGAGCUCAUGGCCGGAAGAGCAGAACCAAAGCCAGAGGUGCACCCAUGUCCCUCCUGUUCUCUGGCCUUCUCCAGUCAGAAAUUCCUCAGCCAACACGUGAAACUCAGUCAUCCCUCUCAGAUUCUGCAGGGAACAUCUGCAAGAAAACAGCUCCAAGCAGAGGAACCCUGUCCAGAGGAUCAGAAUCAGCAGCAGCAACAUACUAGUACGCACAGCUGGAAUGAUAAACCUGAAGGUCAAGAGGUCAAAGAAAGGUCCAAACAUUUGCUUAAAAGAAUCAGUCAAAGGAGAAUCUCAAAACCCCUUUUCCAACCUUCCAAAGAACAAAUGAGCUCUAGUGAGCACGAGAGACUGAUGGAAGAAGAGCCCCGGAGAGGUCAGAAAGAGAAUCCAGAGGACACAGGCAAGUUCUUUGUGAAAGGAGGAAUGUCAAAAAUUGUAACAAUCAAGCAUGGAGGGUGUUGGCAAGGCAUUAAUGAUGGAUCACAUCUCAUCACACAUCAGGUGACACAGUCUGGGGAGAAGCCCUAUGUUUGCAGGGAGUGCGGGCGAGGCUUUGCAUGCAAGUCAGAUCUCAUCACACACCAGAGGACACACUCUGGGGAGAAGCCCUAUGUUUGCAGGGAGUGUGGGCGAGGCUUUGCAUGCAAGUCAGUUCUCAUCACACACCAGAGGACACACUCUGGGGAGAAGCCCUAUGUUUGCAGGGAGUGCGGGCGAGGCUUUACACAGCAGUCAAUUCUCAUCACACACCAGAGGACACACUCUGGGGAGAAGCCCUAUGUUUGCAGGGAGUGUGGGCGAGGCUUUACACGCAAGUCACAUCUCAUCACACACCAGAGGACACACUCUGGGGAGAAGCCCUAUGUUUGCAGGGAGUGUGGGCGAGGCUUUACACAGCAGUCAGUUCUCAUCACACACCAGAGGACACACUCUGGGGAGAAGCCCUAUGUUUGCAGGGAGUGCGGGCGAGGCUUUGCAUGCAAGUCAGUUCUCAUCACACACCAGAGGACACACUCUGGGGAGAAGCCCUAUGUUUGCAGGGAGUGCGGGCGAGGCUUUGCAUGCAAGUCAGUUCUCAUCACACACCAGAGGACACACUCUGGGGAGAAGCCCUAUGUUUGCAGGGAGUGUGGGCGAGGCUUUACACAGCAGUCAGUUCUCAUCACACACCAGAGGACACACUCUGGGGAGAAGCCCUAUGUUUGCAGGGAGUGUGGGCGAGGCUUUACACAGCAGUCAGUUCUCAUCACACACCAGAGGACACACUCUGGGGAGAAGCCCUAUGUUUGCAGGGAGUGCGGGCGAGGCUUUGCAUGCAAGUCAGUUCUCAUCACACACCAGAGGACACACUCUGGGGAGAAGCCCUAUGUUUGCAGGGAGUGUGGGCGAGGCUUUACACAGCAGUCAAAUCUCAUCACACACCAGAGGACACACUCUGGGGAGAAGCCCUAUGUUUGCAGGGAGUGUGGGCGAGGCUUUACAUGCAAGUCAGUUCUCAUCACACACCAGAGGACACACUCUGGGGAGAAGCCCUAUGUUUGCAGGGAGUGCGGGCGAGGCUUUACAUGCAAGUCAGUUCUCAUCACACACCAGAGGACACACUCUGGGGAGAAGCCCUAUGUUUGCAGGGAGUGUGGGCGAGGCUUUACACAGCAGUCAAAUCUCAUCACACACCAGAGGACACACUCUGGGGAGAAGCUCUGUUUGCAGGUGGAGUGAGUAAGUCAUUAGCAUUAAGCCACAUAUCAAUAGCCAUAGGAAGUCCACAGCCCCUUACUCUCCCCAAGAUUGUAAUUAGUAUAGAAGUAACUGGUUAAACAAACCCUCAAAUUUC